AUUAAAUGUAAAGCGGAUUCUCAGUUUGCAGAAGAAAACCUGGAUAAACUUUUAGAAAGACUCUUGGAUUGUAUAAUUAUAAAUUAGGACAUCAGUAAUAUCAUAAAGAACCUGGGACUGUUUCAUUAAAUGCAGUUGAGUAAUUGAAAAAUGUAAUAAGUGAAUAAAUAUUUUGAAUAGACUAAAACUUAUGAAGGAAUAAUGAGGAUUAGAAAAUUGAGAUAAGAAAGUGAUAGAGUAUUUGGAAAAUUUAUAGGAAGUAAUUAAAAUAUUAUAACAUAAAGCAAAAUUUGUGGUUGAUAAGAGUAGAAUCCCAUAAUACGAUAUACCAGAUUUAACUGGAUUUGAAGUAAUUUGAUGACUAUUUUAGCUCAAACCUUAUGUAUCAUACCAUACUCCUUAAGUUGAUAUGGAAACUUAGACAAAAUUAGCAAGAAUGAAUGAUUUUAAUUUAAUUGAGAAUUUAGUACCUCGAUCGGAAACAAAAUUAUUAGAUAAGAAGUGACGCAUCAAUAUUAAGAAUUUUAAAUACCCU